AUGUUCACAGCAUUCACCACCACGGUGUGCCUGGGUGGGCUUUCAGCCUUCCUCUACAGUCUUUACCAUCUUGUUACACUCUUCCUUCACACGAGACGCUCGAAGAAGCUCUCCUGCCAGCCGUGCCUAGCCGUUCCCAGCGGCUUUCUGGGUAUCAGGCUGUUCCUCGAUGUAAGAAACGCACAUCGUCAAGGGCAAGUCGCGAAUAAGUUUCGAAGCAUCCACCUACAAAAUGGGAACACCGUUCGACUUGACCCCCCGGGUGGCAAGGUGAUCCUCACCUGCGAGCCGGACAACAUCCAGGCCAUCCUUGCCUCUCAGUUCUCCAGCUUUGGACUGUCCUACUUCCGUCACCGGCAAUACCAUCCCUUGUUCGGGGAUGGCAUCUUUACUUCAGACGGGAAGCGCUGGGAAGGCUCACGGAAACUGCUGCGGCCGCAGUUUGCACGCAGCGAGAUCCCGGAGAUCGGAUGGUUUGACGACCAUGUGAAGCGCUUCAUUGGGGCUCUUCCCCCAGACGGCCAGGUCUUCGAUUCCCAGGAGCUGUUCUUCCGCCUGGCUCUAGAUGCCGCCACUGAUUUUCUCUUUGGCGAGUCAGUCUACUCACUUUCUUUUGCAGCAUCCAACCAGACUGGAGUGGCCGAGGCCUCGUGCGAAGGCCGACAAGGCUUUGCCGAAGCGUUUGACUACUCGCAAUAUGUGCUCUUCCAGCGCACGAUAGCCCUUCACCUUUACUGGUUGGUAAAUCCGUCCAAGUUCCGGCAGUCAAAUAAAAUCGUCCAUCGAUUCGUUGACUACUAUGUUGACAAGGCGCUUCGCCAGGCGGGCCGAGAGAAGGCUGACAGCCAGCAGCGAUACUGUUUCCUCCAGGCUUUAGCCGGCCAGUCCAAGGAUGCCAAGGUGCUGAGAGACCAGAUGGUCAAUGUGCUUCUGGCCAGUCGAGAUGACACUGCCAGCCUGCUCAGCUCCAUUUUCUACUUUCUCGCGCGACACCAGGACACCUGGGAGAAACUCAAGGCGGAGGUGCGGCAGACGGCUCAUGCAGGCCCGGUCACGUUGAAGGAGGUCCAGAGCCUGCCAUACUUGCGCGCUGUUAUCAACGAAGCCCUGAGGCUAUUCCCCCCGGUGCCCAUUAACGCCCGAGUGGCCCACCACGACACUACCAUCCCCGUCGGAGGCGGACCGGAUGGCCAAGCGCCCGUGUACAUCAAGAAAGGCCAGAGCGUGGUGUACUCGGUGUGGUCGGUCCACCGCCGAACGGAUAUCUGGGGACCAGACGCCGAGGUCUUUCGCCCGGAGCGGUGGGAAGAACGCAAGCAGAACGCAUGGGAGUUUCUGCCUUUCAACGGGGGCCCUCGCGCCUGUCUGGGACAGCAAUUUGCCGUCGUCCAGGCCAGCCAUCUGAUAUUUCGAAUCGCGCAGGAGUUUGAGACCCUGGAGAAUGCGGGUCCCGGUCCGGAUCUGGGCACGCAUCCGCCCAUGCGACAGACGCUGACUAUGUGCCAUCAGAACGGCGUUCAUGUUCGGCUGUACAGGAACAGGGCCUGA